AUGAACGACGGGAAUCACGAGGCCAAAGUGUUGCCGCCUCUACCUCUCCCCGCGGGGGUAUCGGAGGCUUACAUUGACUGUACGUCGUCCUGCGGUCUCAACUUUCACGUUUUGCAGGCCGGAGACCCCACAAAGCCCUUGGUCCUCUUUUGCCACGGGUAUCCAGAGCUGGCCUUUUCAUGGCGCAAAGUCUUGCCCGAGGUCGCCAAGGGCGGCUACUAUUGCGUCGCCAUGGACCAGCGAGGGUACGGCCGAACCACGGGCUGGCCAAACAGCAAAUACCACGACGUUGAUCUCAAUGACUAUGUCUUGACCAACCUCGUGAGGGAUCUGGUUUGCCUCGUCUACGGCCUCGGAUACACCGAGGUGCACAGCAUCAUCGGCCACGAUUUCGGCGCCGUGAGCUCGGCCAUGGCUGCGCUGAUGCGUCCUGAUGUUUUCAAAUCGACAGUUCAACUCAGUCACCCUCAUCAUGCACCGCCAGUCCCUAGUCUCGGAAACGAACCUCCAAAGAAAAAGGUUGAUAUCCAAGCCGAGCUGGCCAAGCUCGAUCCGCCGCGCAAGCAUUACAAGUGGUACAACUCAAAUCCCAGCGCAGCAGAUGACUGGAACAAUCCACCCCAAGGGCUGGAAAAGUAUCUACGAGGUUACUUCCACCUCAAGUCGGCGGAUUGGGACAAGAAUGAUCCUCACCCGCUCAGCAAGUGGGGAGCCAAAGACCUCGAAGUGAUGCCAGAGUACUAUAUCAUGCAAAAAGAUCACACACUGCCAGCCUCGAUUGCGGAGAACAUGGAGGGCGAGGACUAUUCCAAGACGGAGAAAUGGCUUUCCGAGGCGGACUUGCGCGUCUAUUGUGACGAAUGGAGGCGAACCGGCUUUCAAGGAGCACUCAACUGGUACCGAGCGCAGACUGCAUCAACGCCACAAUCCGCAAAAGACAUGCUUCUUUAUGCAGGACGGCGUAUCGAGGUUCCAUGCACAUUCAUUAGUGGUAAGCAAGACUGGGGCAAUUACCAGCAGCCCGGGGCAUUUGAGGGUUACAAAGACCCAAAAACUGUAAAGACGGGGUGCUACAGAGGCUCCGUGUUGAUUGAUAGAGCUGGUCAUUGGGUUCAGCAGGAACAGCCAGAAAAAGUCGUACAGGCAAUUGGUGACUUUCUCAAGACGUUGCAAUAG